CAGGCUCCAACUCAGUCCCACGUCUCGCGUAGACCUAUUAACAGCGUCUGGGAUAUCGAGCUCCGGACUUUUCGUUCAGCGUGUGUGGUGUCGUGUGUCGGUUGAACUUUCGGUACGGUUACGGUUCCAACAGAUCGAUUAGGUAAACUUUUCCCUAUACAAGACAUUAUAUACAAUAUAUUUUUUUUGUUAGUUAGGUUCGCGAUUUUGGGAUUUCAAUUCGGAUUUGGAAUUCUUCGCAGAGAAAAUCGAACGCCGCAAAUCGGAAAACAAAAAACGGACAUCGGACAUAGGGAAACAGUUUCAACGGGCUCGAUAACCAUGGCCAAUCGCUCCAACCAGCGUGACCGCGAGUUCAACCGUGACGCCGAGCGUGACAACGGAAACAAUCGUGAUAAUCGGGACUACAAUAACCGUGAUCGAGGCGGUAGCGACAAUCGAGACAAUCGGGACAAUCGAGACAAUAAUCGUGGCGGUAAUCAUAGAGAUUUUCGUGAUUUUCGCAAUCGGGACAACCGAGACAAUCGGGACCGUGACCGUCAGCGUCAGGUGCCCACGGAGCCGCCGUUCAUCGCCUAUGUCGGCAAUUUGCCCAAGGGCCUUGUCCAGGGCGAUGUGAUGAAGAUAUUCUCGGACUUUGAGGUUAAGAACGUGCGCCUGAUCAAGGACCGUGAAACCGACGAAUUCAAGGGCUACGGCUAUGUGGAGUUCGAGACACUGGCUCAGUUGAAGAGGGCCCUCUCCUGCAACGGUCGCAUCAAGCUGGACAACUUUUCGGCGCCGCUGCGCAUCGAUAUAGCCGAUCAUCGUCGCCAGAAUCCGGGCUCCAGUGGAGGUGGCGGUGGCGGAGGACCUGGUCACCAAACUCAGGGCGAAGGCCGUGGCGGCGGAGGAGGCGGUGCUGGUGGAGCUGGUGGCGGAAACUACUAUCAAAGACGCAACUAUCGCCGAGACGACAGUGUGGGCUCGCAUCAGUUUCGACGCCGGGACAACAACAUGCGCAGCAGCAGCAGCCAUCAAAUGUCCAAUAGCAGCCCCACUCACAGCAGCAUGUCCAUUGGCUACAACCGCAACAUGCGCGGCAACUACAACAACCGUGGAGGUGGAGGAGGAGGAGGAGGUGGAGGCGGUGGCAACGGCGGCGGAGGAGGCGGCAACGGCGGGAGUCGCUAUCAACAACGCAACAACAGCUCCGGCUACGACAAUCGUGGCGGAGAGGGGCACCAGCCUCCCGGAGGAGGCUUUCAGCGUAACCGCAACUUUAAUUUCAAUCGGUUUGGAAACAAUAGCGUUGGUGGCGGACCGGGUGGACCAGGCGGAGGAGGCGGUGGUGGCGGUCCGCGGCAGCGCAAUUACGGUGGAAACGGCGGUGGAAAUGGAAUCGGAAACGGCAACUACACCAACUUUGUACAGAACCGGAACCGCGAUCGCCGCGGUCACUACAAUCCUAACAACGCUGGGACCUCCGGAUACGGCCAAAACAACAACGGCAGCAGCAAUGGCAACGGCAAUGGACACUAUGGCGGCGGCAACAGAGAUAACAAGAGUCCAGGACCAGCGGCGGUGUCAGGAUCAGGAGGGGUGGUGACGGGGGCGGCGGCAUCAGGGGCAGGACCAACUUCGACCAACCAAUUCGGGCCACUUGACGAUGAUGACCGCCCGAAAUUGGUUCUGAAGCCCCGAACCGUCACCGCCCCGAUCAAUGCUUUGGCGGAAACCAAACAGGCAGCCCUGAUCUUUGGAAAAGCCAAGCCACGCGAAGACAAUGCCACGCCAGCAUCCUCGCCGCGCCAGGAAACCGAAGAGGGGGAAAAAAUCUUGAGCGCCGUAUCAGAAGCUGCGGAAAAUAUCGAAACCAUUCCGGAAGUUGAUGAAGUUGUGCCGGACGAGCAAUUGGACGAUGCUGGAUCCGGAGCAGAAGAUCCUGGCGAGAGCAGCGACUAAUUUAGUCCAGUUAGGAAAGGCAAUCUGAACACAAAAUCGACCCUAAGCAGCCUGGACCGGAGUAGCAGCUCAUGAUCCAUUCCAUCCGUCGAAAAUCAUCACAAACCUUCGUCUAUCGUCAUCAAUAUAUGUAUAUAUGUAUCUAUAUAUACAUAUAUCUUACUUUCCCAUUCUGAUAUUCUGCAGGAGAAGUGAAAAGGCAUAGGAUCAGAAUGGAGAGUUGUUUCAAUAAAAUUUUGGAAGGCGUACACAAUA